AUGGGCUGCGGGGCGCUGCUGGGGUCCUUGGCGCUGUUGCUCCCGCUGCACCUGGGUGAGUAUCAGAGAUGUGUGCUCGGGUCUAAGCAGGGCGGCGAGUGUGCAACGGGAGUGCAAGAGGCAAGGCGAGGGAGUUGAGUGUGCAAGCUGCCAGCCGCGUAAGGGGUGGGGAGAGAGGGCAGCCCGGCGCUUGGAGGACCGUGCAAAGGGGACAGACGAGAGGCGUGCAAAGUCUUUCGAGCAAAGGAAGACCGUGAGCAUCGCUGCGCCUGCUUGGUAGCUCGGGAGCGGGGCUUGUGUCCCAGUGGGCGCGGAUCGGCUUGGGCUGCACGUGUGUGUGUGAUGCUCGCGAUGAAAGAACGGGGCCAAAACGAGCAAAAUUAUUUUCCAUAGGGACAAAUGUCAGGUUCUACACUUAGGCAGGAAGAACCAGUUGCACAGAUAUAAGGCAGCGGACACCUGGAUUGGCAGUAGGACAUGCGGAAAGGAACUAGGGGUCUUAGUAGACCACAAGCUGAGCAUGAGUCCUCAGUGUGGUGCAGCAGCAGAAAAGGCUAAUGCUAUUCUAGGCUGUAUCAACAGAAGUAUAGUGUCCCGAACAAGGGAAGUCAUAGGACCGCUCUAUUCUGCCUUGGUCAGUCCACACCUGGAAUACUGUGUUCAGUUCUGGGCACCACAAUUUAAGAAGAUUGACAAGCUGGAACAUGUGCAAGGGAGGGUGACCAAGAUGAUAAUGGGCCUGGAAACCAAGCCUUAUGAGGAACGUUGAGGGGGUUGGGUAUGUUUAGCCUGGAGAAGAGGAGAUUGAAAGGAGAUAAGAUAGCCAUUUUCAAAUACUUAAAGGGCUGCCACAAGGAGGAUGGAGCAAGCUUGUUUUCUGCUGCUCCGGAGGCUAGGACCCAAACCAAUGGAUUCAAGUUACAAGAAAGGGAAUUCCAACUAAACAUCAGGAAGAACUUCCUGACAGUAUGAGCUGUUUGACAGUGGAGCAGACUCCCAUGAGAGGCGGCAGACUCUCCUUCCUCGGGGGUUUCUAAGCAGAGAUUGGAUGGCCAUCUGUCUUGUAUGGUUUUGUUGAGAUUCCUGCAUUGCAGGGGGUUGGACUAGAUGGCCCUUGGCGUCCCUUCCAACUCUACAAUUCUGUGACAAGUGUUCUGAAGAUGCCGCUGCUUGGUUCUGCAGCCUCGCGCCGGUGCAUCUAUUUUUGCUGUCUAAUGGCAAAAGUGCAUUACUUAAGGAUGUAAGCCCCGCUGCGUUGGGGGGGGGGACCCUUAGCUCAUCCUGCUAAAUAGGACCCAGAACAUCGGCCUCCAAGUCCUGCCCUGCAAAGCUCGGAGCGCUUUAGACUGCCUCUCCCCCCCCCCCGCCCAGGCUCCGCGCCAGGAGGAUCUCCCUGCUUCCUGUCUGCGGUCUGCCUGCUAUGAAUGGAGGCGCCGUGCGCGCCUUCUCCUAAGUGUGUGAACACCGGAGACCAGCGUUCCGAUCCUCCCCUCAAACCCCGGGUGCGUUGCCAGGCCAGCAGGGGAGACCUCUGGCUCGCCAGUUUGUUCUCCUGCACCUUAGCAACCCUGCGCGCUCGUAUGGAAGGAAGCCCUCUCCCGGGGUGCCUUUUCUUCAGCACCACGAUCAGUUCCACCUCGGCCCGGUCCGUUUUCUGGUGGUAUGGCUCAGCCUUCUCCAACCUAGUGCCUUUCAGAUGUUGUUAGACUACAACUCCCAUCAUCUCUGACCAUGCGGCAUGUAGGGGCAGGUGGGAGUUGCAGUCCCAUGAACAUCUGGGGGAGCACCAGGUUGGAGAAGUUUGGCACAGCUGCAUCCUCUGUCACGCUGGCAAACAAAGGAUGUGGAAUCCUACAUUGUGGGUUCUAUCCAGUGUUACCCCUACGCAGAGUAGACUUAUUGGAAUUAACUGACAUGACUUAGGUCCAUCAAUCUCAAUGUGUCUACUAGGAGUAUAACUUGCUUGGGUACAAUCCAAUAUUUCUAACAGAUUGCUUCAUAUGUUGAAAGCACUCUUCUCCCCCCCUUUUUUUUGCAUGAUCAAGGUGGAGAAAAAGGGGUUGAAUUUAUGGGUGGACUGCUAUUUUGAAUUUGUUCUGGGGUGGGGUGGGGGUGGUAGCUGUGCCAGUCUGCUACAGCACGCAUAACAGAAAGUCUAAUGGCCCCUUAAAAGACUAACAGGUUUGUUGUGGCAGCACUUUUAACGAGUGUGUGUGUGUGUGAGAGAGAGAAGCAGGGUGUCCUUGUUAAUCUGGAAUCUGGAGCAAGAGGGCACCACAUUGCCAUGCAAUUGCCCAGAAUGGAUCCCCUGGGGGUUUGCCGGUGGAGUUGGAGCUGUCUUUAGCUCAGCUUGGCAACGUCUUUUCAGACGGAUGGAGUUUUCAUUGUGGCUUGAAUCAUGGCGUUUCAGUUGAGCUUGGCAUAACUGGCAUAGAGUUAUUUCCUGACGCUGAAAAGACGGUCAGUGACCCCAAUGUGCCCUCAGUUGCGGUGAUGUAUCUGUGGAUGGGGGGGGGGGGGAGGCAACAAUUCCAGCAAUUGUUGCUUCUGAUUGUAUUGCAAAGUAUGUUGCCUUCCACCCGUCUAGACCUGUUAAAAUUAAUGAACAUUACUGAUGUAGGACUGUUUGUUUCAGUGCAUCUACCCUGAGCAAAAGUUAGUUAAUUACAAUCCUUUGUUUGUUCCUCUAGCCUAGCAUGAAUGAUUUAUCAUUAGGGGAAAGGCUGUAGCUCAGUGGUUAGAGCAUCUGCUUUGCAUCUAGAAGGUCUCAGGCUAACUCCUUGGCAUCCCCAGGUGGGGCUGAGAGAGACCUCAGAAUGAAACCCUGAGUGUAGUCCAGGGGUUCCCAAGCUGGUCCAUGGACUACCAGUUGUAUUCAGACUUCAUUCAGGUCGUCUGCAGCAUCAUCUUUAAUCAUGUUUUAUUGAUUCUUUGUUUCUUAUAUUGUAUUACCAUCUGAAUUCCAUGGAAUGCAAAUUGUAAUGCAAUCAAAUACUAUAUAAGAAAGAAGCGAUAAAAAUACAAUAAAAGAUCACACAGCACCUAGCACAGCACAUUAUAGUUGCUACAAUUGUCAGGAAAACCCUUAAGUGGUCUGCCAAGGUCCUCAGCAGUUUUCAGGUGGUCCAUGUGGGGAAGAGACUGGGAAUCCCUGGUGCACAAAAUUCUGAGUUAGAUGGACUGAUGGACUUACUUGGAAUACAGUGGUACCUCGGGUUACAUACGCUUCAGGUUACAUACGCUUCAGGUUACAGACUCCGCUAACCCAGAAAUAGUGCUUCAGGUUAAGAACUUUGCUUCAGGAUGAGAACAGAAAUCGUGCUCCGGCGGCGCGGCAGCAGCAGGAGGCCCCAUUAGCUAAAGUGGUGCUUCAGGUUAAGAACAGUUUCAGGUUAAGUAUGGACCUCCGGAACGAAUUAAGUAUUUCACCCGAGGUACCACUGUACAGGAAGCUGCCGUAUUAUGAUGUGCUAUUUUUGUUCCAUCCUUUCUUCCCAUUUUAUCAUCACAACAACCCUGUGAGGUGGGCUAAACUGAGAGUGUGGCUAGUUCAACAUCACCCAGGAGACUUCAUGACUGAGCAAGGGUUUGAACCCGGAUCUCCUGGCUUCCAGUCUGUUAAUCUAGCUGCUUUGUUGUGUAGUCUGGUAGCUGAUCUUCAGGAUCCCAGGCUGGUUGUCGUUCUACCUGACCCUUUUACCUGGAGAUCUGCUAAGGGAUUGAAUGUCAGGCCUUCAGCAUGCAAAGCAUGUGAUCUGCCCCUGAGAUGUGAUCCCUCACAUUCAAGCAUAAAUUGCAAGAUCAUCUCUAGAACAUCUGUUGUAGUUGAUUAUUUGUAAUAAUCAGAAAUAGUUGGCAAAAGCUGGCAUAACAAUUCAUGGAAUAUUUCACACCUUGUUUUGGUUAUCCUCUUAGGCUGUGAUCCUGUAGACAUUUACCUGAGUUCAACAGUACUUACUUCUGAGUAUAUAUGCCUAGGGUUGUGCUGUCAAUCUGUCUUCUGGCCCUGCCAUAGUGGCACUCUCUGGUUUUUUCCCCAGCCUGGGGUGUGGCAGUGUCAGUUUGGAAAGGACAAGAAUGAAUGAGGAUUUGCAGUGCAGCUGACAUUUGAGACUGAGUACACUCUUGUUCUGCCCCCUCUCCAAUGUCAGGGCAAUGUUCCCAGUGACCGACAGGUAGUGAGGUAAUUAGGAAGCUUUACAAAUCUGUGAUUUGUUGACUCACCUUGUUCCAGUUGGUUAAUAUGUGGGCUUAUAACACAUAACACAGGUUUUGAAAGACCUACAUUGGCUCCCAGUAUGUUUCCGAGCACAAUUCAAAGUGUUGGUGGUGCUGACCUUUAAAGCCCUAAAUGGCCUCAGCCCAGUAUACCUGAAGAAGCAUACCCCCAUCAUCCAGCCCGGACGCUGAGAUCCAGCACCGAGGGCCUUCUGGCAGUUUCCACACUGUGAGAAGUGAGGUUACAGGGAACCAGGAAGAGGGCCUUAUUGGUAGUGGCGCCCACCCUGUGGAAUUCCCUCCCAUCAGAUGUUAAGGAGAUGAGUAAUUAUAUAACAUUUAGGAAACAUCUGAAGGCAGCCCUGUAUAGGGAAGCUUUUUAAGGUUUAAUGUUUUACUAUGUGUAAGCCACCCAGAGUGGCUAGAGCAACCCAGUCAGAUGGGCAGGGUACAAAUAAUAAAUUAGCAGUAGUAGUAUACAUUGGAAGGGGGAGAAAUUUGCUUAGCAUUUUCACGUGAAUCUAUUUAAUUCACACUUUUUGAAAUACAGUGGUACCUCGGGUUAAGUACUUAAUUCGUUCCAGAGGUCCGUUCUUAACCUGAAACUGUUCUUAACCUGAAGCACCACUUUAGCUAAUGGAGCCUCCUGCUGCUGCCGCGCCGCCGGAGCACAAUUUCUGUUCUCAUCCUGAAGCAAAGUUCUUAAUCUGAGGUAAUAUUUCUGGGUUAGCAGAGUCUGUAACCUGAAGCCUAUGUAACCUGAAGCAUAUGUAACCCGAGGUACCACUGUAAUACGCAAACUGCAACAUAACCAUCCUUCUAAAAUUGCACUUCUCCAAUUUUUGUGACGCAGCCCUCCAGCCAAGUAGUGUCCACAGAAAUCUAUAUUCUAGAGUAAAAUGUGCAUAAAAUGUAUAAACAAGUGAAAAACAAAUACAAAUGGGAAAAUUGCUUGCAAAAAUGUGUUUCUAGGGAAAAUUGUAUACACAAAUCAGGAUAAUGUGCACUAAAAUGCUGGUGACUUUUCAUGAGGGCUUAAACAAAAUUCACAAACUGAUGCCGAAGUACGGAGAGUUGAAUUUAAGAUUAGGAAAAAAGGAGAAAUUAAGAGAAACAAACAAACAAACAAAGACAGAUCUGUCCACCUCUAUCUACACCUCAAAUAUCUCUGUAAGUGUGUGUGUGUACACCAGAUUUAAAUGUACACUGUGGUGUACACUGGUGUGUUGUACACCAGUUUUAAAUGUCAUGGUUCCCUCUGAAGAAUCCUGGGAACUGUAGUUUUGGUGAGAGCACAGAAAAUUCCCAGGUUGAGAUACCUAGCCUCUCUCCUCCCAGAAGUUAAAAAUUCAGUGUUCUCUCAGGAGAGGAAAUGACAAUUAAAUCAGUGUCAAGUCUGUGCUGUAGCUAUGCCAUAAUUGUGUGUGUGUGUUAGAGAAGGAGUAUUCCGGAGUUCCAUCCUCCCUUUUUAAAAAAGACAUUUUAAUAUUACGCUCGUGAGCAUGAAGUAACUAUCUAUUCUAUUAUGGGGCCACUGGGUCGUCUUUUCUUUCAUUAUUCCAUCUAAUAAGAUCUGGACAAGCCAUGAAGGAGCUCUCUCAGCCCUUUAUAGAGUCAGCAGCCUCUGAGAUAUCUAAUAAGGGACUUUUCUUCCAAGUGUUGCUCAGGAACUGGUUUUAAUAAAUCGGUGGCAACAAAGAAAGAAGCAGACAUGAAUGCAAUCUCAGCAACAAUUGUCUUCUUCCACCUUUGGCUAUUUACGUUUUUUCUGCCCCCCUUUCUAUGCCUGUCUCUUGCUUGGAAAGGGACCUAUAUUUUAAGGGGAGAAUUCGUACAGCUUUCUCUUUUUCCUGUUGCCCACAGAGGGGUCCCACCUCUUUCUCUGCUAUCCGUACGCUUCAGACCACAAAGGUAACACACACUUCAAGCUCACUCUCCCUUUCCAUAUACAAUUAACGUGGUACAAUGCUAAGGAACCAUCAUCUUUGGGAUUUGACAGACACUCUAGAAGUCAGUGCAUGGUCCAUAGAAGGUAAGCCCAGAUAGAAGAAGAUGCUCAUGCACUGCACUAUACCAACAAGUUUUGAAACAGGGGAUGGGGAGCCUGUGGCUCUCCAGAUGUUGUUGGUCUCUAGCGCCCAUCAUCCCAUUACCAUUCCAUUACCCACUGGGGUUAAUGGGAAUUGGAAUCCAACAGCACCUGGAAGGCCACAGACUCCACAUUCUACAAGCUGACAUUGUUUGUGGUGUGUGUGUGUGUGUGUGUGUGAGAGAGAGAGAGAGAGAGAGAUGGAAUAUUUAUUCAGCAGUGUUGGCUGUAGGGGCCUUCUGACCCUGUGAUUCUGAGACAGGGGUGGGCAACCUGUGGCCCUCUAUAUAUUGCACCACUACCAUCAUCCCUGAUCAGAGGUCAUGUUAGCUCACUGGGUCUUGCAGGAGGUGCAGUCUCAAUAAUCUCUGGAAGGCCAUGGAUUUCCCAUCCCUGGUGUCAGUUGAGAAGAGCCAGGUCCUCUCUAGAAGAAUUCAGGGCAUUUAUUAUGGAUGAAUGAUUGCUGAAGUAGAAGUUCUCAUUGAUGUGAAGCAUAUGAAAGAUGCAAUUUGUUUAAAAAAGAUUUCUUCAGAAAGUGUUGGGUAGAAUUUUUUGUGGCUUCAGGAAGCUGCAGCCGCUCAUCCUAAUUGAAAUACACAUUUGGGGAAAUUAUUGGAUAAAACACAAUGUUCUGGGAAGUUAAAUGGCAGAAUUCAGCCAUUAAGCACCAGAACAUUUGGGUAUGGAAACGUGGCGUAUUCCUUCAUGUAAAGUGCCUUAUUUGGCUGGAUUUGGAAUAGUUCUAAAUUCCUGUUGUGUAUUUGUAUGCCCACAAAAUGUUCUAUGGAUGGCAUUUCCCGCCCUGCAGCAAACUUUUCUUUGGAUGCUAAUGGUUAGGAGGGAGUUCAUUUUCUUUAAUCUCCAACCCGCUCCCCCCAACUAGGGGUUGGAGCUGGGUGUUUACAUUUGCAACCUAUACUUGUAGCACCAAGUUUAGAUCCUUACAAUUUUUUUUAAUAUUUUUAUUUUGCUUUAAACAAAUACAUAUAAAUAUAGACAACCAAAAUUACAAAAGAAAAUUCAUUAAUAAUAAUAAUAAUGAAAAAAACUAAAAAACUACCAAAAAUAUCAAAGUACAUGGCACAGAACAUAUUAUUUCUCAUAUUGAACCUCUUCCUGAUUUAGAGUGAGAAGCAUGAAUUAGCUAGUUUUAUUACUGAAUUUCAGUCACUGAAAUUUGGCUUCCAGAUUUGGUGAAAAAAGUUUAAAUUGUGUCAAAUGAGUUUCCUUCCCACCCCCCACCCCCCAGAUGCUUGCAGGAUCAAGCAUAAUAAUCCUGUACUAAAUUUCAACCAGAAUCCAAGUUCUGUAACUGGAAAUCCAUUAUGCAUUUAUGCCCAUCUGUGUUAUGUGUUUAAAUAUGCUUCUGUUGCUUUUUAUUUUUAUGCUUUUUUUUAAACAUAAUUUUUAUUAACAGGCCAAUCAUAUCAAAUUAUUUCAAAUCACAUUAAUUCCAAAUUAUACAGCCAAAUUUUUCAAUUUUGUUGGGGGUACCCAUACAUCAAGCUCCGGACGAGAAUCCAAACAUCACUUCUAUUACUGCUUUAAUUAAACGCUUUUUAUUUUUAUGCUUUAUCCUGUUUACCAUACUUUUGGUUGAUUCUAGACUUUGCUUGAAAUUUUCCAUUACAGAAUCCUGGUGCUAGAAAUAGGUUUCAAUAGGCUGUUAAUUAUAGCUAAUGGACACAGCCUAGCUUCAUUUAUUUCCAUGAGAUAUUGAUAGUGGAUUGCUAAGUAAAUAACAGUGCAGGCCUAUACUCAAAAGUUAAUCCUAUGGGGCUUAUACCCAAGUCUGUGGGUGUAGGAUUUUAGCCUAAGUCCCAAAGUCAGUCGUCCUUUUCGUUGCUUGGAAAGCAGAAAACUCAGUCCUCGUAGUUUCAGCAGCAACUUGAUACAGAUAAGUGUUGGCAUGUUACUUGAGUUUCACAAGAGAUCCCAAAAGAGCCAGCAUCAGAUAUUUUGAUACCCAACAUGAAUAAUCCCAUGACAAGCCCCACUCUCUUUCUUUAAUUCACAUGGGCCACAACCUACUUACUAGAUGUUCCCCUGCAAAACCAUCAUUGGUUUAAAUGGGACCUGUGCAUUCAUCCACAACUGUGCCCUUACUCAGCUCCUGUUUGUCUAUAUGUGGCUCAAUUGAGAGACUGUUACAGCAGACUCUGCCACAAAUCAGAUUCCCCCCCCCCCAAGCGGCAUCCAAAAUCUGCCACCUAAAGCAGCAGCCUCUACUUGCUUCAGGGCACUGCCCAUCUGUGGGUUCCAAAUAAUUAUUUUAUUGCUUUGAAUAUUAUGGGCACUGGAAUAUUUAGGCUUUCAGUUCUUCACAGGGAAGAACAGUAAAAGUAGCUUAUGGCACUGCCUUCUACCGUGAGGCCACUGUGCCUUCUAGCCAAUGAGUCAUAACUCAGUGGCAAACCACAUGCUUUACUAGCAGAAGGUCGUUCUGCUACCUGAAAGGCUUUGAACUAAAGAUGCUUAGAUUGAACUUGAGACCUUCUGCAUUCACAGUAUAUGCUUUGAACUCCCUCCCCCCCCACACUUUUUUUUAAAGUUACAAGCUUCAUGCAAAGGUUGGGGGUGGAGAGGGAGAGAAAUCAGGAUUAGAAUUUAGAUCUCUGCACUUCCUAUCAACACAGCCACAAAACAGGCUAAAACUAGGUGUUACUAUUUAUAAUCAUCAGAAUCAUCAUCUGCCGUAUUAUGAAGGCUCAAGGGGUGGUAUAAAGAAGAAUUCCUGGAUGCCAAGAUCCAAGUUUGGGGCAAGUACUUUUUUAUGAGAGAACCCCAGCAGAGAUUUAAAAUCACAAAAUAUGCAGCAAAGUAAAGUAUGGAAGUAUAGGUUGUUAGAGUUUCAGAAUUUCCCUCUUCACCCAGCAUAGGAAAAGACCACACAUUUGGUAAGUUUAAAAUUGGUUUACUUACAGACUCUUCAAAAGUCAGGUUCAUGUUCUUUUUCCAUACAUCAAUCAGAAAAGUUGCACAGGCAGUAAGACUUAGUUUAGUUCCAAGAUGGUAGAAGUUCAUAAAUUAUUGGUAUAGGAACCCAAGAUGGCUUGUGAGAGCCAUGCAGCUAAUGUGGAACAACCAUCUUGGCCUCUGCACAUGCUGAGUUCAUCCAGUAGACUGAAGAGGAACAAAGUCUUGAUAGUCCCUCCCAAGAUGAGUUAAGCCUGGCAGGACAGCUUACUCUAUGGUCUUAACCCUUUCAUGCAUUAAUUAGACUUAAAAAUGUUAGUUAUAUGAGGCUGCUUAUCCCACAUUUGACUAAUCCCUAGAGUAGGGAUGGGCAGAGGUAUACCUAGGCUCCCUUGAGCCCUUGUCAGGGAGCUAUAUCAGUGCGCAUGUACCUGGUCCCUUGCACAGUUGGCAAGGAGAUGUAUCAGCGCCUCCGAAUCUGGGUGAGACCAUGGAACAGAAACUUUAAAAGUUUGCUAUUCGUCAUCUUUCACGCUCCACCAGUGACUUCCUCUGCAACCAUUGGGGUUUGGACUGUUCUGUUCCACCUUCUCUCCUCCUCCUCCUUGCUUUGCCCUCUCUUUCUGGACAAGGGUAUGGGCAGGCAAAUGACAGAAUUGACAGCAGCAAAGUGAUGGGCUCACAGAGAGUAUCUCGCCCAAGGGACCCUAGAAAUCUGGAGUGACACUGGUAACUCUGUGCCAACCUCAUGGACGUAGAGGUUAAAACAUCUUUAAAUAAAUAAUUAGAGUCCUUGAGUUGCAAUGUGACUUUCAUUUGAUUAAUGCUAAUCUCAUGGUGGGACUAUGGGCUCAAGCUGACAUAUGGCUUGCCACCUGCGGGUGUGACAGACUUCCCAUCCUGAAUUGGCAGGUUGCCCUGGGUGACCAGCAAAGGUUGUUGCACAGCCUCUUGCAAGGUUACUCUACAGUAAACGUGUGUGGCAAAUGCGCUAUCAUCUGCAUGCAGUGAUAGCCACGAUGGCAAUGUUUCCCUUAGUGGGGAGAGUGCUAUUGCACUCAGGUUCUGCUUUUGGGCUUUUCAUAGGCAUCUGGUUGGCCACUGGGAGAUGAGCUGUUGUCCUGAUCCAGCAGGCUCUUUUUAUGUUCUAAUGUGCAAUCUGGGGAAGUUUGGAUUCUUACAGCAGCAUCUUUUAAGAAUCAUGACAUGAGCAUCUUGCAUUUAAAACGAUGACAUGGGUUACUAGCCCUUGAGGUUUCUAUCACUCUGUACAAGUGAUAUAACGUAGCAUGUGAAUUGCUUUUUGUCCGAAAUAUGCUCUUCACCUACAUCCCUGUGCUUGGUCCCAUCUCCUUGGGCAGCAUGGGAAGAUGCCUGGCUGCUGUUUGGCUGAGAUGUGCCUGAAGUUGUUGCACUACUAGUGACAUAGCGGUCAUGGCAGGAGGGCAAGAAUGUAUGCAGGGCACUAGAUCCCAGUUCUUUAUUAUUGCAAAUACAGGUUGGCUUGCUUCACUUUUUGGCUUUUCAGGUAUUUUCCUGGGCAUAACUCAACAACUUAAGGACUAAAAACUUCUUUUGUGGCUGUUAAAAUGAAAGUGGAGAUCCUUGGGGUGCUGAACCUUCUAUUGAUUUUCUGCACUUUGCCCCAAACAACUGCCCUCUGUCCUUUAACCUACUGCCCUUCGAUAGGCAGAUAGCACACUCCUAGUACUUGCACACAAACAAAGUUCUGAAUAAUUCUCAGGGUGGUUUAACAAUCGGUCCCUUUUCCCAAGGAACUCUGGGAAUUAUUGCUCUGUGAGGGGAAUAUAUGUCUCCUAAUCACUCUCAGCACCCUUAACAAACUACAGUUCCCAGGAUUCCUUUGGGGAAGCCACAACUGUUCAAAGUGGUAUGAUACUGCUUAAAAAUGCAUAGUGCAGAUGGGGACUGGAGGCCUUUGUCAUUCUGGACCUGAUUCAGCCUGUUCCCAUUACGUCUGCCUAGGCCAGAGGUCAUCAGAGAGGAGAGCAGUUUCAGAGUUUGCUAAUCAGCUUCUUGGGGGCUCCCCUGCCGGUUCCGAAGGGAAUCCCAUCUUCGUCAGCUUUGCUGUUCAAAUCUUCUGGCUGUUCCUUUUCCUGCUGGUGUGUUCAGAGAAGUGAGGCAGCCUACGGAUGUGUUUUGAUCAGACUGAAGUAGGCCAGCUCACGUAAAAUAUUAAUCAUUUUUCUACUUUGCGGACAUCUUACUGUGUUUUCUCUGUCAGCCUUGGGCAGGUAAGUGUCUCCCAACUAAGACUGGUCCAAGUCAGCUUUAAUGGAGGGUGUCUGUGUGGGUGCAGUCAGACUAGCAUCUUAACAAGAGGUCCUGAUGGCAGCAAUAUCAGAAUUACUGUGACUGCUGGUACUGGCACCUAUAUAUAUUUUAAACCAGUAUGGGUGCACUAUGAGGUCUGUCUAGUGAUUUAAAGAAGGUUUUUAAAGCUGAUUUGUCAUCUGGCUUUGAAUCAAUUUGACCAGACCAAUUUAAUUAGAUUUACCUGUUUUUCAGACUUUCCAUAUUUAGGAGGUUUUCUAAGAUGAGCAUUUGCUGACUAAUUUGUAAAGUUAACCAAUCCUUGUUAUAAUAUGUAGUCUUCAGCAUUUUCUUAUUCUUGUUACAAGAACUCCUCUCUGACUUUAGUGUUAUAUGUAAAAUGCACAGAAAUGCACACUUAACAUGACUAAAGUCUGCAAAUUUGUUUUCUCACAGUUUGGGGGGAAAACAAUGAAACUGAGGGGCAGAAUCCAAAACAAAAUGUCUAAUUAUUUUGCACUAAGGAACAUGGCACCCUUUCCACUUGUUCCAAAAGUACAUAGAAAUAUCGGGAAAUGUUUUUAAAAGCCAGAAAAAAUAAGGAAGAAAUGCAUAGCAAGGAAGGGAGGAAGCCUGGUGAGAUGGAACAAGGUGGCUUCAGGCUAUGCUGAAGACCACAUGAACCAAAGUACGAGCCGUAUGUGACCCUUGGGGACACAGGUUGCCCAUCUGUGUUAGAGAUGAUACAAGCUGAGUGUUGCUUGUUUCCCUCUGCAGUUCUGUCCGAGGAGCCGGUGAGUGUGGCCGGCAGUAAGUGCAACACCAUCUACAAAGGUUUUGCUGAGUGCCUCAUCAGCCUUGGGGACAGCAUGGCUCAAAGUGCACAGCAGGAGCAGCAGCCGGAUGAUGAUAGCAUCCAGGAGCAGCAGGAGCUGGACAUCAUCUGCAAGUGAGUACAGGAUCCUUCUUCCAAAUACCUGUAGAUAAAAAUGCCCAUAGUGGGUCAUGACAGACAGCUGCCUUAUAGAACACAACACUAUGGCCACAUCUACACAAUUCAUUUAAAGCUGUAUCAUGCCACCUUUAAGAGUCAUGGCCCCCCCCCCGCCAAGAAUCCUGGGAAUGAUAGUUUGCUAAGGGUGCUGAGAGUUGAUAGGAGACCCUCUGUUCUCCUCUCAGAGCUACAAUUCCCAGAGCUCCCAGGGAAGAAGGAUGGAUUGUUAAGCCAUCUAGGAAUUGUAGCUCUCUGAGGCUGGAUGCCACACUGCAGCCACUUGAUAUCACAGCUAGGCUAUGGUUGUGGGGAUAUAGAACCUCUGAGGAAGAACACCAGUUAGUGGGAAACAACAGCAGGAGACAACUGUUGCCCUCUUGCCCUGCUUGUGGGCUUCUCAUAGGCAUCUGGUUGCCUGCUGGACCAGGUAGGCCUUUGCUUUGAUCCAUUAUGGCUCUUCUUAUGUUCUUACAUCUUUGCCUUGCUCUUUCUCCAAAGAGUUCAUAGCACUGGACAAAGUCCCCUUACGUUCCCUUCCCUGCCCACCACAUUUUAUUCUCAGAACAACCCUCUAAGCUACAUUGGGCUAAGAGAAUGGGACUGAUUUAGGAUAAGAACAUGAGAAGACCCCUGCUGGAUCAGACCAAAGACCCAUCUAGUUCAGCAUCCUGUUCCUACAGUAGCCAGCUAGAUGCCCAUUGGAAAUACGCAAGCAGGACCACCCAAUCAACAUCAUGGCUCAGUGGAGUUUGAACCUGGCUCCUCUCAGUCUUAGCUCAGCAGUCUAAUCACUACCCCACACAGACUCUCAGUGGUUCUUAAAGAUUGCUGCAGAGCGACUAUAGUCAUAGGGGCAGGUCUGUAGCCAUCAGCUAUGUGGUUAAGCCAACCAGGUGCCCAACAGCCAGGCUGGGCUGAUGAGAGUUGUCAUCCAGAACACCUGGAGUCCACCAGGUUGGCAAAGGCUGCCAUUCACCAUUCUGGCUGGGGCUGAUUGGGGUUGGAGUCCCAGCCACAUCCGGAGGCCUACCACUUCCCCACCUCAGGCCUAGCUGAAGCUCCCCUGCUGCUGCUGCUGCUUCUGUGGGGCGCCUUGCUUGCUCCUCAUGCAGAUUCCUCUUCUUGCAGGUCCUGGGAUGACUUCCACACCUGUGCCACUCAGGUUCUGUCCAGGUGCCCCGAGGAGGCAGCGAAAAUCUGGGAGUCUCUUCGGCAGGAGUCCCGGAAGAUCCAGUUCCAAGGCAACCUUCACGACCUCUGCAGCUCACGGGCCCAGCUGGCCGGCAGCGGGAGGGCUUCGGAUAUGGAUGAGACCAACAAGGAGACCUUGCGGGGGGAAGCCUGGCUGCCUCGGCCCAGCUUUGUGGGCAGCCUGACUCUUGUGGCUCUCUUGGCUUUGGUGCCCUUUGCCUAG